AUGAUGCUAAGUCCACUGAAUACAUCGGAUCUACCUGAUACACCUGCACAUUUGUCAAACGAAUCUUCUGUUUCCUCAGCAAGCACCACGAAAAAGGCCAAAAACAUUCCCGUGGAGUUGACUGCUUAUGGAACAACCCCGUCGGGUAAACCUAGGUUGUUUGUUUGCCAGGUUUGUACACGAGCAUUUGCCAGACUCGAACAUUUACGAAGACACGAAAGAUCUCACACCAAAGAAAAACCAUUCAGCUGUGGAGUUUGUCAGCGUAAAUUCAGUCGACGAGACUUGUUGUUGAGGCAUGCUCAGAAACUACACGCGGGCACAACCGAUGCUAUUGCCCGGCUAAGAAGGAAGUCAGUCAAAUCUAAAGAUGGCGAUGGCGACGGCGAUGGAGACGGAGAAGGAGGAUUCGAAGACGAGGAAGAAGAAGACGAUGAUGUAACAAUGUCAGAUGCAAGAGGCAAAUCUCAAACAGAAAAAUCAGUGGAUAGCAAAAUGGAAGAAGUUGAGUUUAAUCUUGACUUGUUUGACAAGGCAAAGCCAUCAACUGCAAAAGUGAAAAAAGUGAAACGUGUAUUGUCAUCGUCAUCGUCUUCAUCAUCCAAUGUGCCUACAAGGAAAAGCUCGCACACAACUUCUCUACAAAAACAUAUACACGAAAAGAAACGCGCCAACGAGACUAUGGCAGCCACUUCUGGGUUUUCUGUAGCUCCAACAAGAUUGCGACGAGGAGCUUCCUUUUCAGCCCAAUCUGGUGCAAACUAUGCUGUGAAUGUUCCCGAGUUCAACGAUGCCUACCCACACACGGAGAAUGUCGAGUUUUCCACUCCACAACUAUUGCCAUCGGUGGAUCAAGAAGAAAUGAAUUGGUUGAGCAGCUUGAAUGCUAUCCCUGGACUAUCUGAUACCCUCAAGACGACUUCUCAGCGUCAACCUUCGUUGGCUGCUUCUACUACAACAACUAAUGAUUAUCCUGCUCCACCUCCUAGUGUGAGUCAGCACAGUUCAUUUUCACACCAGUUGAAUAUGCCCAACAUGGAUUCGACACGGGCUAGCAGUAUUGCCACAGUCAGUUCCAAUUUCGACCCCGGAUUUGGCUUUUUGAUGCCAACGGCAACUUUGACCAAUCAAGAAAUUAGGAACGGUGUCACUGCACACCACCAAAUGCUUCAAAAACAACAACACCAGCAGCAACAACAACAACAACACGAGCAGCAUCAGCCACAACAACAACAACAACAACAACAACAACAACAACAGCAACAACAACAACACCACCAACAACAACAACAACAACACCAUAACCUCCAUCAUCUCCAGCAUCUCCAGCCCCAUCAGCAGCAGCAGCAGCAGCAGCAUCUCCAGCCACUUUUAAAUCGACAACUUCUAAUGUCCGAUCUCAAUGAUCCCAAUCUAAAUAUCCCAGGAUACUCAUUCUAUGAUGUUCCAGAACACUUGCUUGACUCACCAAUGGCUGGUGACACUGCUGCAAAUUUACGUGUCUUGACCCCGAUUCGACAAGAGCCGGAAGAGGAUUUGUUAUCAAUCAGCAUGAACGAAACUCCUGUCAUGGACGUUGACUUGAAUUUUUUGAAUGACAUGGACUGCUUGACUCACGAAAUUGAUGUGAAUGCUAAAUUCAUGUCGGGUGGAUACUCAUUUUACGGCGACAGCAUAUCUGCUUGUUCUUCAGGUAUGGACACCAAUUCACCGGCGUAUAGAACUCCACCAAAGCCCAAUGAAGUGAAAAAACUCGAUUCUACAAUCGACCAGCACAAGAUAAACAUUGAUACGAUAGGUUCGCCGCACCAGGAAAUUGCCGAUCAAAUACCGAUAAACAAGAUUAGAUCUGCCAACUACUCCAAAAACAAGACGUUCACCAACAGAAUGCGACAAAUGAUCAACAAGGCGUUGAACAAAUAUCCAAUCAAUGGCAUCACCACUCCAUCGAUCCCAUCCAAUGAGAAACUAGAGUCGUUUUUGUCGGUCUUUAUCAGAGACUUUCUAUCUCACUUCCCCUUUAUCCACGUUUCCAAAUUGAAUGAGUUUGAAAUUAUGAACAUGGCUGCGAACGAAGACGAGUCGAAUGAAAGCGCACGUGUCUGUUUACCCCUAUUGGUUGCCACUAUUGGUGCGUUGCUCUCCAACAGCAAAAACGACUCCGAGCAUCUUUAUGAAGCAUCCAGAAGAACAAUCCACAUCUACUUGGAGAGCCGCAAAACCGUGGUUAAUGAGAAGAGAGACGCGUCAACAUCGUCCGCCAACCCGUUGUGGCUAAUCCAGUCGCUCACUUUGUCUGUGAUCUAUGGGUUGUUUUCCGAGAAUGUCAACAAUGUCUACAUUGUCAUGAGGCAGUUGAAUGCGUUAAAUUCGCUUGUAAAGACUUCGAUUAAGGAAAAGCACGAGAUCUUGUUCUCGAUCCAUGGAGAAGACGAGUUGAUUUUUAAAAACUUGAAAGAGUCAAGCAAAACGGAAACUUCGUUGUUUUCAAGCAACCACAAUGACGAGAUAAAGUUUAAAAAUCAAAUCAACAUACAAUCGCAGAGCCGGAUAGUGUUUUUGAUUUACAGGCUCACAAACUUUUUGUUUAUGAUGUACAAUGUCCCACUAACGUUGUCGGUGAAUGAUUUACUACAGUUGCCCAUAACUGAUCGAAAGGACGAGUACUUGUGGAGUUUUAAAAACUAUCAAGAGUUUCAGCAGGCUAUCCAGGCCAGAGGGAACGAGCUGAUCUCCAGUUUCAUCAACAAUAGAAAAGUCAUUCAUUUCAAGGACUUGUUGCUCAAGAUCACCAAGAAUGCCAAUCCCGAUAAGCCGCCCUCGGCCGAUGCAGAGUUUGCAGUGGCAGAAAAACUAGACUGCUUGAGCAAAUUUGGGUUCAUUUGCCUCGUGCAUGGGUUCUAUGAGAUAAAGUCUUACAAGGAGAUGAAGAGAGUGGACGCGUUCAAAGUGUUGGACCAGAUGUCAAAGCAUUUCCCUCUGGACGAGCUGUUGCCGAAACACGAAAAGGAUAUUGAGAAAUUGGACUAUGCCUUGUUGGUCAACUACACCAAAAUGUCUUCCCUCUUUGAUUUGAGCACCAUCCAAACCCAGAGCUGGUUGACCAGCUAUGACGAGUUGGUCAAUUCUUUUGGCAACUUGAUAACGUCGAACCUCCCCGAGAGCCCGCAGAGCACGUUAAACGACAUGAACUACUUGCAGAUUCUUGACUGCGGAUUGAUGAUCUUGAAAGUUGCCUUGUUCAAAUGCGAGAGUGCUUCAGCCCAUCAUCCAACCCAGCAAGUGAACCAGACAACAGCAACAACAACAACAACAACAACAGCAACAACACAGCCGGUGGCUCUAUUAUACAACGAGCCUUUCAACACAGACUUUGGCUACUUGGACAACAACGUUAACGCGAGAGGCGAUCUGACCAACGGGGCCUUUGUCAAUGAGUUGUUGAGAUUGCAGGCUCAACAUAACACUUCGGAGGAGUUUGAAAAGUCGAUGAACUUGUUCAUAUCCGACCAGUUUGAGCCAACGAGCAACUUGAUCCAUUCGCAAAUGCUUUUCCACGUGUUUGCUAUCUUGUCGCUUGUUUCGAUAAUCCUACUCAAGCGGCAAAUGGAUCAUGAAACGGAGCCAAAUGCGAAUCAAGAUGCAGACGAGGGCAAGGAAUUGUUGUUUGAAAUGAACCACAAAUUCAUUGCCAUCAUUUCGCUUUUGGACAAGGUCAAACACCACUUGAAAUCGAGGUAUCAUUUGCUAUCGAAUGGCGCUUUGGGCGCAAGCGCUGCUAUCAUGGCGCCACCGCACAUGAACGGCUUUAUGGUCCCCCAGCCGGUCAAAUUGGAAGAGAAUAGUUUUUCGACAUUGUACUUGUUCAACGGCAAUGACGGCGGUGCUCCGGCUUUUUCCCCUUCGAUUGCAAGUAAUCAGUCGCCACCAGUGCACAAUCUCACCAGCAACGCACCUGCGAUUAGUAGCGGUUACGAUUUGGAAAAGACACUCUAUAUCUUGAAGAUUGGGGAGACAAGUUUGAACUACAUGUACGAUUCGAAUAUAAAAGUUUCCAUUUUCAAGAAAUUGGCUGCUAGUUUGAGUCAGAUCAGAAAGUACAUCAUUGACAAUGAAGCGAGCUUGUUGCAUUGA